AUGUCGCUCCCCUCCAAUGAUGAAAAGGCCGCGAAUACCGCUGAUGCUGCCGCUGCUACCGAAGGUGUCUUGAGCCUCCCCUUUGAGGUGUUUGGCGAGAUCGGUCUUCAUCUCAGCGUCACGGACCUCAACGAGAUGCGUCUUGUCAACAAGCGCAUGAAGGAGGCUGUGGCAUUCCCAUACGGUAAGAAGAUUUUUGUUACUGAGAACAUCGUUAUCUUUCCUACGUUUGCAAGCGUUUCAGCGUUCUUGAUUGGGCUUGGGUUGGAUGGUGCGUAUCCUGGGACGGUUCGAACAAUCACCUUGGUUGGCGAGGGACCGACAACCCCGGAGCUCGGCUACAACUACUCUUGGGAAAAUCUCCACAUUCUCAAGUUCCCCGGCAUGCCAGAGCCGACCGAAGACCAGUUGUAUGAGGAUGAAGAGAUCUUGGAGUUCGCCAAUGAUGAGCACAAACACUGGAGCCGGAUCAACGAGUCAUUCUGUCACACUGGCGCAUACCGUACCAUGCUCAGCCUUGUACUCGCCAAGCUUCCCAACUUGAGGACGAUUCAGGUUCGCAAGCUGUACCCCGGCGAGCAUAUCCCUGGUUGGGCCGGGCCGGAGGCUUUGGCGAAGAUGUCGUCGUACCAUCCAUGGACUCCAGUCAACGAGAUAUACUAUGGUGAUUGGAAGUACGAUGAGGUACACAAGCGGGUCACGAUGUGGAUAGACGAGUACGGUGAAGAGAUGGAGGAGGACGAUGCUGGCCCUCAGGCUGGCUUUGAGCAGGAUCUGUUCGCUGCCAUGGCACUGUCUGGCACUCAGGCUCAGGUCUUCGAGAUGCAUAAGGAGUUGAAGUUGGUCUGA